CCCUCGACCCUCCGAUAGCUGACUAGGGAGGGGCUCUAAUGCAACUUGGCCAAACCCAAGGAAGUGGAGUGUCAGAGGCGACACGUUUCAGGAAAAGGUGCUUCAGAUCAUGGAGAUCGUACGUCAGCAUAAGACAACCCUGAUUAAGAUCCUGUCUGGAGAUGCCAAGUUUGUCCUGCAGCACGUGCACCAGGCCAGGCUCAUCACGGAGCACGAGUAUGGCAACCUCAAAGACGACAUCAGUCAUCACAGUAGGCAGGACUUCACCAUCAACCUUUUGGACAAAAUGAUGCAUAAGGGGGACAAACAAUGCCAUAAAUUCCUCGAACUUCUGGAGCUUAAUGAAAUGCAGGAAACUUUCCCACUAUUGAAUGAUCUUUUAAUGCCUCCAUCUGUAAGACAAGGCGUCCCAGAAAUCAACGAGUACAAAAUGUCCAGCAGUCCUCGUGGUGUGUGUGUAAUCAUUAAUAACAUAUACUUUGAUCGUCGUGGACGCCUUAUGGAAAGGAGAGGAUCAAAGGUGGAUGUAGAGAGUCUUGACGAGGUUUUCAAGUGGCUGGGUUUUACUGUGGAGAUACACACUGACAAGACCGCAGUAGAGAUGAAGGAGAUCCUGAUGGAACUCAGCCAGAGGCAGCAUAACGGUGACUGCUUCAUAUGCUGCAUCCUAAGCCAUGAAUGUGAUGGAGGUUUCUGUGGAACAGAUGGACAGAUUGUUCACCCUUCUGACAUCCUCCAGCCAUUUGGUAGAGCAAACUGCCAAAGCCUGGCCGAUAAACCCAAAGUGUUUAUCUUACAUACUGGUUGGGAACAACCUAAAUAUGCAAUUCCUGAUUCUGAUUUCCUGCUGGCUUUAGCGACCAUACCAGGAUUACAUUCAUACAGACAUGUAGUGAAAGGAUCCUGGUUCAUCCAGUCAUUGUGCAAAAUGCUGAAAGAAGGCUGCAAAAGGAGAGAAGACGUCCUUACCAUCCUCAAUCAAGUCAUUGUGGAAGUGAGCGCAUUUGAAACAAACCCUUCAGUCGAGUCAAAUUUGUCAAGUCGAAUGUCAUUCAGACAAAUCCCACACAUAGACCUCACCCUGAAAAAGAGACUUGUCUUUCAUGUGCCUUCAAAUUGAAUUUACAGUUAUUUUACUAUGAGCUUUUGUGUCUGAAGGUUCAAUUAUUGUUAAAGUUCCAUUAGAAAGUUAAUUUGAAGAGUCUGGUCUGGUUUAGCUGUAAACCUUGUAUAAACCUCAGAGGAGCUCUUCAGGAUUUUUUUGUUUUUUACUGCAGUCUUUUCUUUUUGUUUUUGGUUUCUACAUAAUGAUGCUGUAAUAUGUUCAGUGUGAAAAAGAAUUAUAAGGUCAUCAGAACGAGAAGCAGUUUGCACUGCUUACACGUUUACAUACACAUAAUCUGUGAAGCAUUCUUUUCAAUAGGACCAAUUAAGGCAUGUGAAAUGAACUGAUGGUGAUGUAUCAUUAUUAGUGUCAUAUAUAUUGAAUUGGAAUUAUCCUGUAUAAUGCUUCUACGUGCCGAAAAGCAUUGUUCUGUUCUCCAUAACAAUGACAUGCUCCUAAUUCCUUUAUCUUGCAUUGACUGAGACUGUCAAUAAGAGCGACAGAGGCCUCAAACCCAGACCAAAUUAAUGGGAAACAAAGCACCUUCCUCAAUCCUUGAUUAUGUCUGUCAUUCAGUACCACACAAAUGAACAUCCAGACAUAUUAGUGUUCUGGCUUCUCACUAACAAAAAGUGCACCAACCGCAUUUUAAAUGUUUGUAAUGACUUUUAUGUAGAAUUGAAAAACAGGAAAUGGCAAAUAGCAUUUUGUAUUGUCUAACUAAAGUUUACUACGCACUGCAGCAUUAGGCAUAUAAAUCAUGACAGGAGCGCCACUAGGCCAGUUUUUAAGGGUCCUUUAAAAUGUUGUUUAGCCCCUUCAGAUAAUCGUAAAUUAUUAGAUGAAAUCAUAAUUAAUUUUUUUUUUCUAUUGAUUCCUCAUUCAGUCAUGAAAACCUGUGAGCAAGUCCAGAAACCAGUGGGGUCCAGUGACAUCAUUCUUAGAAGAAAUGUUGAUUUUAACAUGAAUUUCUGGUGCACUCUGAGACUAAAAUACAGGGGCACCUACUGUGGAAUUAUUUAGUUUGUUGAAAUGAGUGUAAAUACAAGUGAAGUCCAAAUAUGGUACUACUUUCAGGUUUUGAUUUAAUUGUCAAAAACCUGUUGCUUACCUGCUAAGGUCAAAAGGUCAGUCCGUGGGGGCUCCUGAGUGGCGGCUCCCGAGUGUCAUCAGGGCUGGUGGUCCCUGGCCAUUUAAGGGGUUAAGCUCUUCUGAGGGACGUUCGAACUGAAUAGUCUCCUCAGUAGCAAACUGUGUUCAUGAGCUUAGCAUCAGUGUGUGCUUUCAUGCCACGCUGUUACAAACAUUUACAAACUUCAUUAACUGAAAAAAACACAACCACCGACAUUAUGGUCAAAUUUUGCAAGAUUUUGUUAUUGUUUUCAUGAGGCGGGUGCUUUUCUCAACAAUGGUAAGUAUUUCAGAACUUCACUGACAUGGUGAGCUAAUUUUUUAUGAAACAUGAUCAGAAGAAUUACAUGAAGAAACCACAUCAGUAGAGGUGUAUGUAUGCCUCCAAUGUGUAUCCUGUAUUGUAAAUGUAUUCUGAAUAUUACUGUCGUUUUUCAGUUUUGGACAUAAUUUGAAAAUGAC